GCCUUUGUGGGAUGGUGGCCCACAUGAUGUUUACUACCAUAUUCCAGCUGGCUGUUGCCACCGGGCCAGAAGAUUGGAGACCCAAAACAUGGGACUACAGCUGGUCUUAUUUAUUAGCAUGGGGCUCUUUCGGCACCUGCAUGGGGUCUGCAGUGACGGCACUGAACCGCUACACAAAGACGAUCAUCGAGUUUAAAUACAAACGGCGGAACAUCGAGAAGAGCCUGAUGAUAAAGCAGAACAUGAUGGAGAUGAACGUCCCCGAGCAGAUGUGGGACAUGUACCUGACUACUGUGCCGGUUGAUGCCGAGGCACCUCUAGAACUGCCGGUCAACGGCCACAAGCCGUCCACAGGAACAGCGUACGAGGUCGAAAUGGACAAUGUACCAGAACCACAAGGAGAGGCGUACUGUUAAAGAUGGAAACGUUUCUGGGGUUGAUUUCCUGGACCUACACUGACUCUUGUUCUUGGAUUUAAAUAUUUACUUCAGGACUUUUUUUUUGUAUAUUUUGUUCCUCUCCACACAUCAGAUGUGUCUGGUUCUUAAAAAAAGAUAAUGUGAGAAGCGGGGAAGGGAAAAGGGCUACAUUUCACGCUAAACUGGAUGUAAAUGCUCCUUCUGUACCAUCAGGGACGUAUCGCCAAAUCAUCGCAGGUCUACCUGCACAGACCAGACUCUGUUUGAAGUGUCCAGUAAGAUCUGAUGUUGGACAGUCGGUCAGCUAUAAAAGAUUUAAAAAAAGACAACAAAUUAAUGUCAAAUAGCAAACUGGGACACAAAUGUCUGCCAAGACAUACAAAACAACCACCGAACCUGUGAAACAACCACUCCAACAAUGAAAAAACCCAAGACCGCUGCAAAGUUUGUAGAUAUUCUCCACGACUGACUGUUCAGGAUUUUCUUUUUUUUUUAAAGAACAUCUCUCGAUAAGAUUUUACAUCAGGAAUUUGCCUUUUCUGUCAACUCCCCUGAAACAGCUGCUGUCUUUACACUCUGGUAUGAGUGAGACAUGCUGUAUC